AUUAUAACUUGAUUUUCCCACAAUGGCGGAUCUAGAACAAUGGUCUUAUGUAUGGACGCUCUGCUUCACUCUGCUUUGUCUAUGGAGCGGUUCUGCUGCACAAAUAUCUUAUUCUGUUUCAGAGGAAGUGGAGAAAGGGACCACGGUUGGAAAUAUAACUAAGGAUUUAAAAUUGAGUUUACAGCAACUAGAAAUAACGGGACUUCGCAUCACCUCUGCUGGUGAUAAGGAUUAUUUUGAUAUAAACAGGAAAAGUGGAAUGCUUUUUGUCAAUGAAAGAAUAGACCGAGAAGAGCUUUGUCCCACUGCGGUAAAGUGCGUGUUGAAUGUAGAGGCUAUUGUAAAUAAUCCACAUGGUUUACACAGAAUUGAGGUACUUAUUCUCGAUAUUAAUGACAAUAUCCCCAAAUUCAAGCAAGACGUAUAUACAAUAGACUUUUAUGAAUCCUCCUAUGUGGGCGAAAAACGUCCUUUACCAGUGGCACAUGACGCAGAUGAAGGCAGUAAUUCAGUAAAGACAUAUAAAUUAAGCCCAAACGAGUAUUUCUCUUUGGAUGUACAGGAUGCUGGUGACAACAGUGUUACUGCUGAGCUUGUGUUACAGAAAACACUGGAUCGAGAAAAACAGUCUGUAAUUGACCUCACUUUGUCGGCUAUAGAUGGGGCAAAACCAGCUAAAACUGGAACAGUACAGCUCAAGAUUAUUGUGUUAGAUGUGAAUGAUAACUCGCCUGUAUUUAGUAAAAAUCUUUACAAAACCCAGGUUGUUGAAAACGCAGUUAUGGGCACAGCCUUGAUAACACUGACCGCUACGGAUUUAGACGAAGGCGUUAAUGCUCAGCUUGUGUACGCGUUUGCAGAAAGUGGGCGUUAUAACCCUGAUGAGAAGUUCACUAUAAACACAAAUACAGGUGAGAUUGCAGUAAAAGGUGAUAUUGAUUAUGAGGAAAACCAAGCGUAUGAGAUACGUGUUCAGGUUCGAGACAAAGGCGUGCCUCCGCGUCUUGCCCAUGGGAAAGUUUUAGUGGAGGUUAUAGAUGUAAAUGACAAUGCUCCAGAAAUUUCGGUGACUUCAGUGAUGAGUCCUGUGAAGGAAGAUGCUGAAAUAGGCACGGCUGUCGCCAUGAUAACUAUUACUGACAGAGAUGGAGGAAAAAACGGGCUGACCGAUUGUAAAAUAGUCGGAACUGCUCCAUUUAAGUUGAACCGUAACUAUAAAAACUAUUAUUCCUUGUUAGUCGAUGGUCCUCUGGAUAGAGAGGCUGUGUCUGAGUAUAACAUAACAAUUACAGCCGCAGACGAAGGGACGCCAUCACUGUCCAGUGUCAGUGUGAUUCAAGUGAAAGUUGCAGAUGUUAAUGACAACCCGCCACGCUUUCAGGAACCUGUGAUCAAUAUUUAUGUGAAAGAGAACAGUCAGAUAGGCUCUCUCAUUUACACGCUCACGUCGUCAGAUUUGGACUCAACUGAGAACGCUAAAAUAUCUUACAGAUUGUUAAAUACUGAUAAAAGCAAAAUUUCAGCAUCAUCAAUCGUAAACAUUAACUCAGACAACGGGGAGAUAGUGACGUUACAAUCCUUUAACUUUGAGGAGCUCAAAACGUUUCAGUUUAAGGUCCAGGCCACAGACUCUGGUGUCCCUCCGCUCAGCAGCAACGUGACUGUGAACGUUUUUAUUCUGGAUGAAAAUGACAAUAGCCCCUCGAUCCUGGCGCCCUAUUCUGAGCACGGCUCCGUUAACAGUGAGAGCAUCCCCUAUUCCGCUGAAGCGGGCUACUUUGUGGCAAAGAUCAGGGCUGUAGACGCAGACUCUGGGUACAACGCGCUGCUUUCUUAUCACCUGUCUGAGCCCAAAGGGAACAACCUGUUCCGGAUCGGGACCAGCAGCGGAGAGAUCCGCACCAAGAGGAGGAUGAGUGACAAUGACCUGAAAAGUCACCCCUUGGUGGUGCUGGUGUGUGAUAACGGAGAGCCCUCCCUGUCCGCCACUGUGUCUAUUGAUGUAGUGGUGGUGGAGAGCACAGCGGACAUUCAGACUCAGUUCAGACAUGUGCCCAUAAAGGAGGAGAGCUUCUCGGAUUUAAACCUGUACCUGCUCAUCGCCAUUGUGGCGGUGUCAGUCAUCUUUCUGCUCAGUCUCAUCACGUUAAUAGCAGUCAGAUGUCACAGGACAGAGAGCUCUUUCAACAGGUACAGCGCCCCCAUGAUCACCACCCACCCUGACGGGAGCUGGUCCUACUCCAAAUCCACUCAGCAGUAUGACGUGUGCUUCAGCUCAGACACACUCAAGAGCGACGUAGUCGUUUUCCCCGCACCGUUUCCUCCUGUAGAUGCAGAACUGAUCAGUAUUAACGGAGGAGACACUUUCACCAGGACACAGACUUUACCUAAUACAGAUAAGAUGGCGGAUCUAGAACAAUGGUCUUAUGUAUGGACGCUCUGCUUCACUCUGCUUUGUCUAUGGAGCGGUUCUGCUGCACAAAUAUCUUAUUCUGUUUCAGAGGAAGUGGAGAAAGGGACCACAGUUGGAAAUAUAACUAAGGAUUUAAAAUUGAGUUUACAGCAACUAGAAAUAACGGGACUUCGCAUCACCUCUGCUGGUGAUAAGGAUUAUUUUGAUAUAAACAGGAAAAGUGGAAUGCUUUUUGUCAACGAAAGAAUAGACCGAGAAGAGCUUUGUCCCACUGCGGUAAAGUGCGUGUUGAAUGUAGAGGCUAUUGUAAAUAAUCCACAUGGUUUACACAGAAUUGAUGUACUUAUUCUCGAUAUUAAUGACGAUGUACCCAAGUUCAAACAAGAAAUAUUUACAAUUGACAUGACCGAAUCCUCGCAUGUGGGGGAAAAGCAUCUUUUACCAGUGGCACAUGACGCAGAUGAAGGCAGUAAUUCUGUAAAGACAUAUAAAUUAAGCCCAAACGAGUAUUUCUCUUUGGACGUGCAGGAUGCUGAUGACAACAGUGUUACUGCUGAGCUUGUGUUGCAGAAAACACUGGAUCGAGAAAAACAGUCUGUAAUUGACCUCACUUUGUCGGCUAUAGAUGGGGCAAAACCAGCUAAAACAGGAACAAUACAGUUAAAGGUUAAUGUUUUUGAUGUGAAUGAUAAUUCGCCUGUAUUUAGUAAAAAUCUUUACAAAGCCCAGGUUGUUGAAAACGCAGUUAUGGGCACAGCCUUGAUAACACUGACCGCUACGGAUUUAGAUGAAGGCGUUAAUGCUCAACUUGUGUACUCGUUUGCAGAAAGUGGUCGAUUUAACCCCAAUGAUAAAUUCACUAUAAACACAAAUACAGGUGAGAUUGCAGUAAAAGGUGAUAUUGAUUAUGAGGAAAACCAAGCGUAUGAGAUACGUGUUCAGGUUCGAGACAAAGGCGUGCCUCCGCGUCUUGCCCAUGGGAAAGUUUUAGUGGAGGUUAUAGAUGUAAAUGACAAUGCUCCAGAAAUUUCGGUGACUUCAGUGAUGAGUCCUGUGAAGGAAGAUGCUGAAAUAGGCACGGCUGUCGCCAUGAUAACUAUUACUGACAGAGAUGGAGGAAAAAACGGGCUGACCGAUUGUAAAAUAGUCGGAACUGCUCCAUUUAAGUUGAACCGUAACUAUAAAAACUAUUAUUCCUUGUUAGUCGAUGGUCCUCUGGAUAGAGAGGCUGUGUCUGAGUAUAACAUAACAAUUACAGCCGCAGACGAAGGGACGCCAUCACUGUCCAGUGUCAGUGUGAUUCAAGUGAAAGUUGCAGAUGUUAAUGACAACCCGCCACGCUUUCAGGAACCUGUGAUCAAUAUUUAUGUGAAAGAGAACAGUCAGAUAGGCUCUCUCAUUUACACGCUCACGUCGUCAGAUUUGGACUCAACUGAGAACGCUAAAAUAUCUUACAGUUUAUUUUAUAGGGAGAAAAAUAAUAUUCCCGCCUCAUCACUUGUUAACAUUAACUCAGACACCGGGGAGAUAGUGAGUCUUCAGACUUUUAACUUUGAGGAGCUCAAAACGUUUCAGUUUAAGGUCCAGGCCACAGACUCUGGUGUCCCUCCGCUCAGCAGCAACGUGACUGUGAACGUUUUUAUUCUGGAUGAAAAUGACAAUAGCCCCUCGAUCCUGGCGCCCUAUUCUGAGCACGGCUCCGUUAACAGUGAGAGCAUCCCCUAUUCCGCUGAAGCGGGCUACUUUGUGGCAAAGAUCAGGGCUGUAGACGCAGACUCUGGGUACAACGCGCUGCUUUCUUAUCACCUGUCUGAGCCCAAAGGGAACAACCUGUUCCGGAUCGGGACCAGCAGCGGAGAGAUCCGCACCAAGAGGAGGAUGAGUGACAAUGACCUGAAAAGUCACCCCUUGGUGGUGCUGGUGUGUGAUAACGGAGAGCCCUCCCUGUCCGCCACUGUGUCUAUUGAUGUAGUGGUGGUGGAGAGCACAGCGGACAUUCAGACUCAGUUCAGACAUGUGCCCAUAAAGGAGGAGAGCUUCUCGGAUUUAAACCUGUACCUGCUCAUCGCCAUUGUGGCGGUGUCAGUCAUCUUUCUGCUCAGUCUCAUCACGUUAAUAGCAGUCAGAUGUCACAGGACAGAGAGCUCUUUCAACAGGUACAGCGCGCCCAUGAUCACCACCCACCCUGACGGGAGCUGGUCCUACUCCAAAUCCACUCAGCAGUAUGACGUGUGCUUCAGCUCAGACACACUCAAGAGCGACGUAGUCGUUUUCCCCGCACCGUUUCCUCCUGUAGAUGCAGAACUGAUCAGUAUUAACGGAGGAGACACUUUCACCAGGACACAGACUUUACCUAAUACAGACAAGGUAUUUGACUAUCAUCUGUCCUACACAGUUGCUGAGGAGGCGGACAAAGGGACGGUGGUGGGGAAUCUUGCAAAGGAUUUAAAUCUCAAUGUCAAUAUUCUGGGAAAACGAGAGCUAAGGAUUUUGUCUGAUAAUAUGAAGAAAUAUUUUGACGCGGAUUUAAAAACUGGAGAGUUGUUUGUUUGCGACAGAAUUGAUCGUGAAGAGCUUUGUCCACGCAUGGAAAAAUGCACGCUCCAUAUAGAAGCCAUACUGAGCAAUCCGACACAGCUGCAUCGUCUAGAGCUCCACGUUGCUGACAUAAAUGACAAUGCGCCUUUCUUCCGCGAGAAAAUAUAUGUUUUAAAUAUUUCGGAAUCUUCUUCAACGGGAGAGAGGUAUUUACUCCCGGUGGCAAAUGACCCAGACCGGGGCAUUAAUUCCAUCAAAAACUAUAGGUUAAGUGCAAAUGAUUAUUUCUCUUUAGAUGGAGGACAACAAAGUGAGUCUGCAGAACUUGUGCUACAAAAGCCUUUAGACAGGGAGAAAGUGUCUACCAUUCGUCUUACACUGACUGCGUUUGACGGAGGGAAACCUUCUCUGUCAGGGUCAUUAGACAUAGUAAUACAUGUCAUAGACAUUAACGACAAUGUUCCCAUAUUUAGUCAACCUUUAUAUAAAGCGCAGAUCGUUGAAAACUCGCAACUCCAUACAUCUGUGCUGACGGUGACUGCUACAGAUUUAGAUGAAGGAAGGAACAGUGAGGUCUCGUAUUCAUUUAUAGAGAGGGGGGACUUCAACCCCUCGUCUUUGUUCUUAAUUAACCCUGAAACUGGACUGAUUACAGUACAAGGAAACAUAGACUAUGAAAAAAACACCGCGUUUGAUAUUCGUGUGCAAGCCACGGAUAAAGGCUCGCCCCCCAAAAGUGUGCACGGUAAAGUGCUGAUAGAAGUGAUUGAUGUUAAUGACAAUGUACCAGAGAUUAUAGUGACUUCCCUUUUAAAUCCAGUGAAAGAGGACGCCGAGGCGGGGACAGUGGUAGCAUUAGUUACGGUUUCAGACAAAGAUGGAGGUAAAAAUGGAAUCACUGAUGCUUCAAUCCUAGGUUCAGUGCCCUUUAAACUAAAAGUAAAUUAUAAGAGUUAUUAUUCUUUGGUUGUGGAUGGGGAACUGGACAGAGAAAGACUUUCUCACUACAAUGUUACAAUUGUUACCAAUGAUGAGGGCUCACCCCCUUUAUCCAGUAGCACCCUAAUAUCUAUAUAUAUUUCUGAUGUGAAUGACAAUGCCCCCCACUUUUCAAACCCUGUCCUUGGAGCAUAUGUUAAAGAAAAUGCUCCAAUAGGAACAAUGAUCUUCACUCUUAGUGCUUCAGAUCUUGAUAAAGAUGAAAAUGCAAAAUUGACAUAUUCAUUAUUUAAAAAUGCUCAUGUAUCAUAUGUAAGCAUCAACUCAGAGACAGGAGACAUAGUGACGCUGCAGUCCUUUAACUUUGAGGAGCUCAAAACGUUUCAGUUUAAGGUCCAGGCCACAGACUCUGGUGUCCCUCCGCUCAGCAGCAACGUGACUGUGAACGUUUUUAUUCUGGAUGAAAAUGACAAUAGCCCCUCGAUCCUGGCGCCCUAUUCUGAGCACGGCUCCGUUAACAGUGAGAGCAUCCCCUAUUCCGCUGAAGCGGGCUACUUUGUGGCAAAGAUCAGGGCUGUAGACGCAGACUCUGGGUACAACGCGCUGCUUUCUUAUCACCUGUCUGAGCCCAAAGGGAACAACCUGUUCCGGAUCGGGACCAGCAGCGGAGAGAUCCGCACCAAGAGGAGGAUGAGUGACAAUGACCUGAAAAGUCACCCCUUGGUGGUGCUGGUGUGUGAUAACGGAGAGCCCUCCCUGUCCGCCACUGUGUCUAUUGAUGUAGUGGUGGUGGAGAGCACAGCGGACAUUCAGACUCAGUUCAGACAUGUGCCCAUAAAGGAGGAGAGCUUCUCGGAUUUAAACCUGUACCUGCUCAUCGCCAUUGUGGCGGUGUCAGUCAUCUUUCUGCUCAGUCUCAUCACGUUAAUAGCAGUCAGAUGUCACAGGACAGAGAGCUCUUUCAACAGGUACAGCGCCCCCAUGAUCACCACCCACCCUGACGGGAGCUGGUCCUACUCCAAAUCCACUCAGCAGUAUGACGUGUGCUUCAGCUCAGACACACUCAAGAGCGACGUAGUGGUUUUCCCCGCACCGUUUCCUCCUGUAGAUGCAGAACUGAUCAGUAUUAACGGAGGAGACACUUUCACCAGGACACAGACUUUACCUAAUACAGACAAGAUAGUCGGAAGGAUGAUCAAGGAUUUCCUUUUGCGUUCUUGGAUAUCAUGUUUUGUUCACGUUUUGCACAUCUACGGAGUUAUGGCAGAAAUGACAGUUUACUCUGUUACGGAGGAGUCAGACCCGGGAACAACUGUCGGAAAUUUGGCGAAAGAUUUUCAUCUGAAUGUUCACGAACUGAAGACCCGGGGUUUUCAGAUUUCAGGAAAAUUUGACAAGUAUUUUGAAAUUAAUGCAAAAUCGGGAAUUCUUUUUGUGAAGGAUAGAAUAGACCGAGAGGAGCUCUGUGUUCGAACUGUCACGUGUGCUCUUGAAGUGGAGGCUAUUGUCCGUUCCCCUCUCAACCACUACCGCUUCGUGGUUAAUGUUGUGGAUAUUAAUGACAAUGCACCAGUCUUUCGGAUUCCGGGAAUAGUUUUGAAUAUAUCAGAAUCGGCCAUCGUUGGUGAGAGGUUUCCACUUGCAAAAGCAAUUGAUGCGGACGUAGGUGGUUACUCUGUUAAAGGCUACAGGCUAAGUCAAAACGAACAUUUCUCCUUGGAUGUGCAGGAUGAAGGCGCGGAGACGGUGUCUGCUGAACUGGUGCUACAGAAACCAUUAGACCGCGAAAAACAGGCGGUGAUUAAACUUACUCUUAUUGCUUUUGAUGGUGGGAAACCAGAGAAGACAGGCACUUUACGGAUUACCAUCAACGUACAAGAUGUUAAUGAUAACAUUCCUAUUUUUGAAAGAUCACUGUAUAAAGGCACAAUACCAGAAAAUAGUCGGAAAGGGGAAAGCGUAAUUUCAGUUCAUGCCCGUGAUCUUGAUGAGGGUCUUAAUGGUGAGAUACAAUACUCCUUCAUUAUUCACGGCAGUGACAACGAAGUCAACCUGUUUGCACUUGAUCCUACAACAGGAGUGAUUUCUGUAAAUGGGGAAUUAGAUCACGAAAAAAACAAGGCAAUUGAAAUUCGAGUUGAAGCGAAAGACAAAGGUUUGAGUCCCAGAGCGUCCAGCUGCAAAGUGCUCAUUGAAAUUACAGAUAAAAAUGAUAAUGCACCUGAAAUAUCAGUAACGUCCCUCACCAGUGUGGUAAGAGAAGACGCACCUCUUGAAACGGUCAUUGGACUAAUUACCGUCAAAGACAAUGACUCAGAUAAAAACGGAAUUGUUACAGUUGCACUAUCUGGCAACACUCCUUUUGCAAUCAAGAACACAUACAAAAACCAUUAUUCUUUACUUUUAAUGGGUUCUUUAGACAGGGAAAAUGUGUCAUCAUAUAAUGUUACAAUAACAGCUAUAGACCAAGGGACCCCGUCUCUUUCAAGCACCAUUAUAAUUGUUGUUUAUGUUUCUGAUGUCAAUGAUAAUGCACCUACUUUUAAAGAGCCUAUUUUAAAUGUUUUUGUCAAAGAAAACAGUCCUGUAGGUGCCGUUCUACAUACAGUCACAGCAAAUGAUCCAGAUGUGGAUGAAAAUGCCAGAGUAACAUUUUCUGUUUUAAACAACAAUAACAAAAACAGUGUUGUACAGGCAACUGUCAGUGUCAACUCAGAGACAGGAGACAUAGUGAGUCUUCAGUCUUUUAACUUUGAGGAGCUCAAAACGUUUCAGUUUAAGGUGCAGGCCACAGACUCUGGUGUCCCUCCGCUCAGCAGCAAUGUGACUGUGAACGUUUUUAUUCUGGAUGAAAAUGACAAUAGCCCCUCGAUCCUGGCGCCCUAUUCUGAGCACGGCUCCGUUAACAGUGAGAGCAUCCCCUAUUCCGCUGAAGCGGGCUACUUUGUGGCAAAGAUCAGGGCUGUAGACGCAGACUCUGGGUACAACGCGCUGCUUUCUUAUCACCUGUCUGAGCCCAAAGGGAACAACCUGUUCCGGAUCGGGACCAGCAGCGGAGAGAUCCGCACCAAGAGGAGGAUGAGUGACAAUGACCUGAAAAGUCACCCCUUGGUGGUGCUGGUGUGUGAUAACGGAGAGCCCUCCCUGUCCGCCACUGUGUCUAUUGAUGUAGUGGUGGUGGAGAGCACAGCGGACAUUCAGACUCAGUUCAGACAUGUGCCCAUAAAGGAGGAGAGCUUCUCGGAUUUAAACCUGUACCUGCUCAUCGCCAUUGUGGCGGUGUCAGUCAUCUUUCUGCUCAGUCUCAUCACGUUAAUAGCAGUCAGAUGUCACAGGACAGAGAGCUCUUUCAACAGGUACAGCGCCCCCAUGAUCACCACCCACCCUGACGGGAGCUGGUCCUACUCCAAAUCCACUCAGCAGUAUGACGUGUGCUUCAGCUCAGACACACUCAAGAGCGACGUAGUGGUUUUCCCCGCACCGUUUCCUCCUGUAGAUGCAGAACUGAUCAGUAUUAACGGAGGAGACACUUUCACCAGGACACAGACUUUACCUAAUACAGACAAGCCUAAAGCCCCAAAUUCAGACUGGAGAUACUCGGCCUCCCUGAGAGCCGGAGGAGUCAUGCAGAGCUCGGUGCAUAUGGAGGAAUCAUCUGUCCUACAAGGAGCCCAGGGAGUCCUCGUUCAAAACUGGCCGACCGUAUCCAGUGCUCCAGAUGCUGAUGGAGGAGAGGUGUCUCCACCAAUGGGAGCAGGCAUUGACAGCAACAGCUGGCACUUCCGCUAUGGGCCAGGUGGACCUGGUGCGCCACAGCUGAAGCCAGGAGAUGUACCCCCAGAGGCCUUCAUCAUCCCUGGUUCUCCAGCCAUAAUAUCCAUCAGACAGAACCAAGGAGAUGAUGAUAAGGGGGAUUUCAUGAGUUUCGGGAAGAAAGAUGAAGCAAAGAAAAAGAAAAAGAAGAAGAAGGAGAAGAAAGAAAAAAAGGAUAAGGGGAAGGAUGAUGGGGAUGAGUGAAACAUGAACUCAGAAUGGCAGACAAACAGGGUGUUGUUAAAACAGAGGUACCAAAGUCCAUGGGAUACAAAGAAAAUGUGGAAUUAAAUUAGCAGUUUCAUUCUUUCACAGAUAUCUUGCACACCCUGUUGACAACUUGGCCUUACCAAGAUUCACCUUACCAUGUUUGGGGUAUGCUUGAAUCUUGCCUUGAUACAAUUACACAUUUUCCUCCAUGCCCUUAUGUGCCUAUACCUUUCAUGGAGAUGAACGUCUCAUUACCUGUAGUCUGUUGCAUUGACCCAUUGGGCAUGUUGGCACCUCUGUAUUAUAUUCUCCCCAACACCCGCCUAUGACUCUCUGAGAGGAGAAACAUUUGUACAAGAACGACUAUUGCUUUGUGCCAGCUAAUGAAGAGAAUAUCAAAGACAAUUUGAGCAAAUGAUUGCAGCUGGACACAAAAUGUAAAUAGCACAGAAAAGGACACUGGACAAGACACAACUGCCGGCCUGGUCGUUAUCCAUAAUGUUUCCUGUGUUUUCAAUGAAACACAUGUACACACAUGCAUGCUUGCCCAACCGAAACAAGCAAAUACAACACACUUAUGAGCAACUGUAAUAAGAGAUGAAACUGCUUGUAUUCUGGAGAGCAAAAAUGCACUCUCCAUCUGUAAUGAAAGAGCACCAAGAAAUGGUGAAACAGAUGAUUUACUCUUACUGCAGCAAAGACAUGUGCUUUCUGCUUUGAAUGUUUGGUAGCAACCAAUUCUUAACUCUUGCGUUUACAAAACACUUGUGCUCAAUAUGCCACAACUUACUAUUCCUACAAGCACUUGCCAAGCUGGCUCCUGCUUCCAUUAAUAACAAUAUAGGGGUUUUGUUUCUUUGUUUGGUUUUUGAAAGCUUUAAGGGUUCAGUGACAGCACCACUGUUUCUAAAUUAAUAUUCUCAGAGCUCUAUAAACUCCUGUCAGAUGGUUUAUAUUUUGUUAUAGUUUGAAGCCAGAAUGCACACUUUGGUAAAGGAUAAGACAUCCUUCUAUAUACUUCAUGUUUUACUUUAUUAAUGUUACUGACAUACUUGCCUACAAAAUAUGCAAUACAUGUCAACAUGCAGUUGACAACCAAAAUCCUAGAUCCACAGAAAUCUCCUAAACAUUUAUUCAACUUCCAGAUUUAAGUUGCCUGUGUCUUUUGCCUGGUAAUUGCUUCUUUCCACAUGCUCAACAUUUGUUGACUCAAGUAUGAUGUCACUCAGUUUAGUGGUUGCUGCAUGCGCUCUAAAGAAACACAUACUAUAUAGAUAAACACUAUAUAUAUAUAGAUAGUUUUGAUUUAUUCUUUUGAAUUUUCAUCCUUUUCAUUUAUCACUUGAGGGAUUAUGUUGGGGUACUUCUCUCCUGGCCAAGUAUUUGUGUUAUUUCUUUUUCUAGCCCGAGAUAACGUUUGGCAGACAUGAGUAUUACAAUAUUUGUAAAUGCGUUAGUGUGAUACCUAUCAUUGCAGGGCUACUUUUUAAUUGUGAAAUGUUUUGAAGAAGGAAAGCAAGAAAAAAGACAGAAAAAAAAAACACUCUUACAUUGACAAGGUGAUGAACUAACACUAAAAUAUUGUAACGGAAAUAUGUAUGAUUAGCUAUCACUUCCCUGUCUCUCCUGAAAUAUGGGAGACUGAAUCCAAUGUAAAAAUGUAUAUGUAUUGUAUGCCUGUGUUUAGUGACUUUUCACACUAAUGUGUGGUGGUGAACUAUGGUGGCAAUGAGCUGUUCCACGGACCAGCAUCGCUCUGUUGUUUCUCUGCCCUCUUUUUUGUAGCUACAUCCACUCAUCAGCUGUGACAGUGAAAUAGUGAAUUUUAAAUCCCCUUUCUAUUAUUUUAUGCUUUAUUUUUACCUAUUGGGAAAUGAUGGAAAUUUGUUGGGUUAUUAAAAUAAAUCACAAAU